ACCCUGUUUACAUUCGACAUUGGGGGAUCUGGUAACGAUAAAGACAACUUUCAAGAUGGCUGCCGAGGUUGAAGCUGAGCCGGAGUUACCAGAAGAAGUCGUGGAUUCCAUGGAGUCUUUCCAUGAGUCACUAGGAAACAUAGAGGACGCACUAAAACCGCUACUGGAGAACUCAACAGAUGAUAUGAAGGAAUCUAUGGGCCCAUUGCAACUUGCGAAGCUGAACCUUGUGGUGGCAUACUCUAUUAACUCACUUUUCUGGAUGUACCUCAUAACACAGGGCAUGGAUCCGAAGGAACACCCAAUCAAACAAGAACUGGACAGAAUAAAGAAAUACAUGGUAAAAGUAAAAGAAGUGCAGCACAAACAAGAGGUUUCCAUGAGAAUCGACAAAGGGGCAGCAAAGAGAUUUGUCAAAAGUGCAUUAUGGCAACCCACAUCUAAUGAAGACAAGGGAAAAGAUGAUAGUAAAACCAGUACCAAGGAGCUGACAAUCAAAAAUGAACAAGGAACAAGCCCAAAGGCAGAGAAGAGAAAACGUGAGGGAAAGUCUUCUGAAAAGAAAAGAAAGAAGAAAUAAUUGCCGUAUAAAUAGAAGUAGUUUUGUACAUACUGUAGUCUUCCUAGAAUCAAUUUAAAAAGCUGGAGCAGAUCCAGAACUUUUAAAGGGGUGGGUAAUCAGGGUCUGGCGGGUGGUUAUCCACCCAGCCCCCUUCCCCAGUACCCCCCUCCAUCCCCUGACAGGUUAUAACAGGUCAAUGCAAGGGCAAACUUUAAAAAAGUCAAGCAGUUAUUAGGCUUGAUUUCUAUCUGGAUUCUGUGAGCCGUGGCAGGUUCCUGAAGUAGAGCCCAAGCAGUUGCAUCCUAUUCGGCUGCCCAAUUAGAGUUACUCUGGUUUGCUCUUUGAAGCUUAUCCACGGGGACUAUUAUCCACUCAUGUAAUAUGCAAACACAUCCUUAGUAUCUAGGGUCGAACAAACAUGAAAUAGGAAUAAGUGUGUUGAUAUUGUCCCUCCCUCCCCCCCCAAAAAAAAAGAAACAGAAGGGGAAGGGGGUUUUUUGAGUGAUGAUGUCCAGAGGGGAUAAAACUGUUUGUUCUUUUAUUUUCCUUGCUAUAUAUGAGGUGUAUGGGUCUAGUCUGGAAUCAUACAAUAAACAUUUUUUUUAAUAUCAAAAGAAUUGAAGCAGAUUUAUAAGCAGAUUUUCAGUAGCUUACACACAUCCUCAUCAGAUUUAUUUUUAUACCAUUUAGGUGUGCUAACAGGCUGUAGGAUAUUGAGAACAGAGGUUCAUGGGGCAGAUGGCUACAACUGAUAUUUUAAGUACUAGCACGGCACGAGGGGGAAUUCAGUGAUUAAAUGUCUCCGCAACCGAGGGAUGAUUAGUUGAAGUCCCGACGCCACAGGCGGAAGGAAUUUAACAAGUCAUCCCGACGCGAAGGGAUGAAAUCAUUAAUGCAUGAGGAAAAUUUAGAACCAUCUAUUGUUUUCAAGGGAAUUUCGCUAGUUAUCGUCCCUCAGAAAUACAAAAGAAUCCGAGGUGAUCAUGGUACUACUUAUAAUAAAAUUCGAAUCACAUGCAAUGUAACCUGUAGCCUCGGCUUCCAUUUUCCUACAGCAGUUGGUUUGCUAGCAAAAAAGUGAAUGCCAAUGAUUCAACUUUGGUAACUAAUUAAUUCUAGUAAAGAAAUAUAUAGCCAC